AUGCCCAACGACCACGACCAUCCACCGGCUAAAAAAUUCAAGCCGGGAUCUGUUUUCUUCCGUUACGAUAAGAAUAAAUCUGGAAUGCUGCUGCCUAGAAAGGGAAAUGCAACCACCCCGAUAGAAGUCCAGAGGAAACAGCUUCCCAUCUACCAGGCGAAACCCCAGCUACUGAACCAGCUGAGGCAGCUCCACAAUGCUAUCCUCAUAGGGGAGACUGGCUCUGGGAAGACCACUCAGAUCCCUCAGUAUCUGUACGAGGCCGGCAUCGGGCGACAGGGCCUCAUCGCCAUCACUCAGCCACGUCGAGUGGCAGCCAUAUCUCUGGCAGGAAGGGUGGCCGAGGAGAAGAGGACGCAGCUCGGCAAGCUGGUUGGUUACACAGUGCGCUUUGAGGAUGUCACCUCCUCUGAGACUAAGCUGAAGUUCAUGACAGACGGCAUGCUGCUGCGCGAGGCCAUCGGAGACCCCCUGCUGCUGCGCUACACUGUGGUGGUCCUGGACGAGGCUCACGAGCGCACCGUGCACACUGAUGUUCUGUUCGGCGUGGUGAAGGCUGCUCAACGCAGGCGCAGGGAACUAAAUAAGAUUCCCCUGAAGGUCAUAGUGAUGUCAGCCACCAUGGAUGUGGAUUUGUUCUCUGAAUACUUCAACAAGUCGCCUGUACUGUACCUGGAGGGCAGGCAGCAUCCCAUCCAGAUCUACUACACCAAGCAUCCGCAGUCCGACUACCUUCAGGCCGCACUCAUCACCAUCUUCCAGAUCCAUCAGGAAGCUCCUCCGUCCCACGACAUCUUGGUGUUCAUGACGGGUCAGGAGGAGAUCGAGGCGCUGGCUCGGACAUGUCGUGACAUCGCCAAGCAUCUGCCCGAUGGCUGCGGUCCCAUGGUGGUCAUCCCUCUGUACGCAUCACUCCCCCCCGCACAGCAGCUCAGGUGCUUCCAGCCAGCUCCCAAGGGGUGCAGGAAGGUCAUCCUCUCAACCAACAUUGCCGAGACGUCAGUCACCAUCUCUGGGAUCAAGUUUGUCAUAGACUCGGGGAUGGUGAAGGCCAAACGCUUCAGUCCUGACAGCGGGCUUGAGGUGCUGGCGGUGCAGCGGGUCUCUAAAGCUCAGGCGUGGCAGCGAGCGGGCCGGGCCGGCAGGGAGGAGUCCGGAUCCUGCUACCGCCUCUACACCGAGAACGAGUUCGACAGCCUCAUCCCCAUGACUGUGCCCGAGAUCCAGAGGUGUAACCUAUCCAGUGUGAUGCUGCAGCUCAUGGCUCUGGGGGUUCCAGAUGUGAUGAAUUUUGAUUUCAUGUCCAAGCCUUCUACAGAGGCCGUCCGCUCUGCUGUGAAUCAUCUGGAGCUGCUGGGAGCUGUAGAGAGGAAGGAGGGGCAGGUCUUCCUCACUGCUCUUGGAAAGAAGAUGGCCAGCUUCCCUCUGGAGCCCCGAUAUUCCAAGACCAUCCUGCUGUCUCCGGACUACUCCUGCUCUGAUGAGAUUCUGAGCAUCGUAUCUCUGCUGUCGGUGGACACUGUACUGUUUAACCCUCCUGCCAAGCGGGAAGAGGUGCUCGCUGCUCGCAAGAAGUUCUCCUCCAGCGAAGGAGACCACAUAACGCUGCUCAACAUCUACAGAGCCUUCAAGAAAGUCAGCGGUAAUAAGGAGUGGUGUCGGGAGAACUUUGUCAACAGCAGGAACAUGGGUCUGGUGAAAGACGUUCAGGCGCAACUCCGAGAUAUCUGCCUUAAGCUGAAUAUGAAGCUGGGGUCCUGUGGGUCAGAGAUGGGAAACGUUCGCCGCUGCAUCGCCCACGGCAUGUUCGUCAAUGCCGCAGAGCUGCAACCUGACGGCAGCUACUUGGCUCUGGACACCCACCAGCCCGUGUCCAUCCACCCCUCCUCCGUCCUCUUCCAGGGCAAGCCGGCAUACGUGGUGUUCAACGAGCUGCUGCACACGUCCCGCUGCUACAUGAGGGACCUGUGUUUGGUGGAUGCAGACUGGCUGCUGGAGGCGGCUCCAGAGUACUUUGGCCGCAAGCUCCACCCCAGCAAGAGCUAACCAGCUGAGAGACAGGACUGAAGUAAAUCUCUAUAAGGACACCUUCACUUUCCUCAGAACACCCAGUGACAACAAAACUGAAAAAUGUGUUCCCUUUACAAAGACGAGUUUGGAUUAAGACACUUAUCGAUUGCAAUCACACCGAAUAUGUUCUGUGUAGUUAACUAUCUCUGGAUCUCACUACCUCCCAGUUGGCGACCUUCGUCACUGCAGCAGAAAUCUGCAAACUGAGGCCUCACAGCAACUUUAACUUCUUGUAACACAGUAGAUCAGAUUGUAUCAACAGUUUCUUCUGCCUGCUAGUAUUACAGCUUGCUUUAGCCACCUGAAACAAGUCUUUUUGAGAUGUCACGCAUUCAUUCUUCAAACAUGUGCAUGCAUUUUAACAGCACAGGUAACAUCACACGACACAUCCUUCAAUGUCUGAUGUAAUUGACUCGUUUUUCCUCCUUUAAAAUGUUAUCAGACUUGAUAAAAUACUACUCUCCAUAUAAUUAGUUCGCAAAAUGUUCUAGUUAAUUGUUAAAUCACCUGCUCAGCAAGACUCAGACAGCUAAAGGAGACUGACUGGUGGCUCUUUUCAGAAUCAUUUUGAAUAAUGAUGAGUUAACUGUCUUUGAAAUAUUAGCUUUUCUGAAGCUAUGCAAAGCAGUUUUGUCUUAAGCUCCCCCGCCAUGUGGUUUUGGUUUUAUACAAAGUGGUCUUAAGGGUUUAUAUAUGCAAGGACGACUGGAUUGUCUUUAUCUAACGAGGUCUUUGAAAUACAAGGAAAUAUGAAAAUAGAAUAUGAGGUUUUUACAUGUCACAGUGACAUCACUUCUCUUUUAUAACUACUCUUCAUGCAGCACUUGUCUUGUAAGCUAGUGCAUGCCUUUUUCCCCAUCUAUGACUUUAUCACCUGUUUCUAAAUACAUGCAGAUCAGGAGAAGUAGCAUGCCUUAUUCUCCAUGUUCAACACCCACAACCUUCAGACGUAUGCUAACACAUGUAUGCAAUGCAUGCAGAUUGUAGUUAGCGACUUGAUCCCUCAGGUCUCUCAUACUUUGUCGAAUGUUAAUCACACCAUGUUUAGGGUGGAUGCCUACUUCUGUCUUUUUUUACACAAGACUCAGGAUUGUACAAUAUAUAUACUGUAACCUGAAUAAAUUACACAUGGUUUCUAACUGAAAGAAUUCCAAACACCAAAUGCAUCUUGGGUAGGAGAAUCAUUAGACCAUGUUACACAAGGUUGUGUUCAGAAGAAGUAGACUGUUGAAGAUCUGCAUGUCAUGUUUUGUGUAAGAUUUAAGUGCACGCCUUUUGAUGAGUUUAUUAUAUUUAAUAUUAUAUGAUUUGUUCAAGUCUCACAUACCACUAUUGGUAUAGUUUCUAAUAAAAAUCCGGUUUCACAGAACAAGCAGAAUUCACUUCUUAAUCCA